GGCACGCACCGCACUCGGACGCUUUCGCUUUCACCGAGCAGGCCAGAGCUCAUACGUAGCAAAGCUGACACCUUCGCCUUCUAGAUCCCAGCGUAUCCGCCGCGGUCACCAUCGGCAGAUCACGAGCCCGCCCCCGUGGCCCGGACUGGAGGUGCAUACGCGUACGCGCGUCGUCGUCUCCAUACGCUCGCCAUCACGCGCACCGCCUUUCCUCCUCCCCGGCCUCCUCCUCAAGUACCAAAUCAGCCGUCGCGCUCUCCACCACCACAACCACUUCUCCAUCCUCCUCCUUGCACCGUCGCAUCAACCUCGUAGCCGAAUCGACGACGCGCGCGCCCACCCACUACUGCUUCGCUCGGCCUCUCGCGCCAUGCUGCAGGCGGGCUCGGAGCGGGCGGCCCCGCUCCCGGGCGCGGCGAGGCUGUGGGUGCCGGGGAUGAGCCCCGUGGCGGCGGACGGGGCGUCGGCCAGGGCGCGGGAGAUCGCGCGGAGGCGGGAGGAGAUGCUCGGCAUGCUGCGCGACCUCCCCGAGGCCGAGUACGAGCUCUCCCUCACCGACCUCGUCGACAAGACCGCCGCGGCCGGGGCCAACGGCUGUGUGGGCGUGGCGCCGCUACCGGCCGAGAGGAAGGAGGCGAGCCCGAGCCCGAGCCCCUUGGGUCUGGCCGAGCGGUCCGCGUCCAGCGGGCAGGCCGAGCCGCAGCAGCCGGCGAGGGCGACGGAGAAGCGGGGCUCCGCGAGGCGGCGCGGGGAUGGCGGCAGCGGGAGCGGCCUCCGCAGCAGCAGCGACGGCGUCCUGCUCAACUUCUACAUGCCGCGCUCCUUCACGCGCAGCUUCACCGCGCCGCGCCCCGCCCGCACGCCCUCCUUCUCCAACUCCGGCCGGGCCGCCAGCGCCGUCGCCCCCGACGACUGCAACAAGAGGGAGAGAGACGGCGACACGGUCAGGUGCUGGCCGCUGCCGUGGGACCGGCGGUGGCGCAAGUCGAGCCGGCAGCGGCAAGACCCGGCCUCCGCAACGUCCGGCGAGCUGUCGGCGAUGCUGGCGGCGGCGGACCACUCUGCUCCCGCGGACAAAGUCUGAAGACCUUUAUCUUCCUUAGGUGAACCAUGGUGAGCUCUUCUAAACGGCAUCUGCCUCGGAGAAAAAGAAGACGGAUCUACCAAACUACUUUUGGAUCUUGGAUGUGCAUGUUUCUGCGGUUCUGUACAUACGUACUGUACUUCACACGCAACGCAAUACUGUCUGGUUGUUUAGUUUGUGCUAUGAAUGCGGUGUAGGAGUAGCAUGGACUCCAUGUAUCUCGGGAACUAAUUGCCUGUAUAGUAUAGAACGAAGAUGAUUUGGCAUUCCCGGGCAGGAUCAAAUGCAACGGAGAGGCAUGUUUUUUAUUUA